AGUUCCAGCAGCCAGAGGAGAUUUCUCCUGAACUGGAAGAGCGAGUCAGUGGUUUCUCCAAGAAAACGACUGUGCUAAUGGAGAUUCUGGGGAAGUUCAAAGACACUCUGCCAUCUCAACUGGAGAGAAAAAGGGGAGAAUUGUUUGGACCACACAGACAGGUGAAUGUGACUCUGGAUCCAGACACGGCUCAUCCCCAACUCGUCCUGUCUGAGGAUCAGAAAAGUGUGAGAUGUGGAGACACACGACAGCAACUGCCCAACAACCCCGAGAGAUUUGACACUGCGCUGUGUGUGCUGGGCUGUGGGGGAUUCACCUCGGGGAGACAUUGCUGGGAGGUGGAGUUACUGGCCUGUAAGGUCGAUUAUGGCAUGUCUACACUACAGGAGUAG